GCUGUGAAAGCGGGUAAAGUCCACUUGCGCUGUGAAUUGGAAAUCUCUUAGGAAUAGAAUUAGAAGUUAGUGUGAUAUGUAAUCUAUUGAUGAGAAACAGAAAAACAGCAUUUCGAGUAAGUGAACGCAAUCUUCUCGGCAGUAAAUUAACCAGAUCUCCAUAAGCUGCAAAUCAGCUGAAGAAAGAUGAAUGAAAGCCCUACGCAGUGCAGGACACUGUGCCUGGCCAAUAUCUUCUGCCUGCUCAUCACUGUCCUUGGCAUGCUGCUGUUUGCCUUGCAGUAUCACUGUGGGCAGUUUAUUGUCAGUGACGGUGUCGUUGUUGGCUUGUACAGAUUCUGCCUUCUAAAUGAAACCACCAGGGAGAUGGAGUGUUACUCAGAAGGGAAGGUUAAAGAGUUCAACAUCAACCUGGCUGCAAUACUCACAGCGAGACUGUGCACCUACACCCCCAUAGUACUUUGUCUGAUUGCCUUGUUGGCCUUUCUGAUGUACAUCUACACAAAGGAGAAGUCAAUCUGGCCUUUGUUUAUGGUGAUGGUGGGGUUAUCAACCUUCCUUCUGUUGGUUGGUAUAACAUCCUUCCUUGGUGCCAGCUGGCAUUAUGUCUACGUUUCCAAGCUCAGCCUCUCCUUCUUUCUGUGCAUUUGUGCAUGGUUUCUGCUGGGCAUGGAAACUAUUGCUAGCUGGAAGUUUUGGUCUGAUCAAAUUAGUGGAUCUAAGAGUGCAAAGAGGCAAUGAAAAAAAUGUGAUUGGCCCACCAAACAAACUUUAUUACUACAAUUUAACAUUCUCAGGAAAUUAAAAUAUGUUUGUGUAAAAUGUUUAAAAUUGUCUUCAUGUACCAAUAGACUUUGUAAGAUUCUAAACAAGUGGGCUGUACUACUCCCAGGUUGGUAAUUAAAAUCAACAUUUGGAUAACUUCUGUAAUAAAUACUACAUAUUUUUUACAUUUACAUAUUUUGUUUUUUUCUGUCUUUACUGCUGUAAAGAGAUUACUGCAUGCUGCUGUAAAUACUAGUCUUGUACUGGCUCUACUUGUCAGGGUACUUGAUGGAAGAUCUGUUUGUAAAAUUCACAUCAACAAAU